UUCUGUCUCUCUGGAAAGCUAUUAAAAAUCCCAAAUCGAGCAUCAAAAACUGACCUGGGUUUUCUUAAAGAAAUCAGAUUUAUGAGCUGAAAUCUGAUCUGGGUGUUCUCCAAAAUUCAAUCCCAAAUUGACAUUGUCCUCCCAAAUUCUGAUUUGGGUUUCUCUCAUCUGCAAAAAUAUCAUCUUGUUUCAGCAGAGGGACUGGAUAUUGACUUGACCAUAUCCUGAAAAGGCAGCGUUUUUUAAGUUCACCAUCAUCUUCUCAAAGACCUGUUUGGGUUUCCUUUCUUUGCGACGGUUGCUGCACAAGGAUUGAAUUUUGACCUGAAGGCGGAAAAGCUCUUGUCACACUAGAAAUGGGCCAAUGCUGCGGAAAGCCUAAGGUCUCAGAACGAGAUGUCAAUGGCCACGGGUCAGGAGUUGUCCCCGGUGCCGCGAGGCAUCAGCAAAGGCCCUACGAACCGGUUGCCGUUCAUCAGCCCAAGCCUCCAGCCCAACACACCCAUCAGCACCCCGAAAGACGCCAUGUGCAGCAGCCGCCGCCACCGCCACAGCAGCAGCAGCCCGCGUCACCAUCGCCGUUGAAACCAUCUCCUUUGUCCACUCCAAAACCCAAGGCCAUUCCCAUGCCAGAUACAAUCCUCGGCAAGCCUUUUGAGGAUGUGAAGGCCUUCUACACGCUUGGAAAGGAACUGGGUAGAGGCCAGUUCGGCGUGACUUAUCUAUGUACUGAGAAUUCAACUGGGCUUCGUUAUGCUUGCAAGUCAAUAGCGAAGCGGAAGCUUGUUAAUAAGAACGACAAGGAGGACAUAAAGAGGGAGAUUCAGAUCAUGCAGCAUUUGACGGGCCAGGCGAACAUCGUUGAAUUCAAGGGGGCUUAUGAGGAUAAGCACUCAGUGCAUCUCGUUAUGGAGCUGUGCGAGGGUGGGGAACUAUUCGAUCGGAUUAUCGCCAAGGGGCAUUACUCAGAGCGGGCAGCUGCAGGGAUCUGCAGGGCGAUUGUGAAUGUCGUUCACAUCUGCCAUUUUAUGGGUGUGAUGCAUAGAGAUCUCAAGCCUGAGAACUUCUUGCUGUCAAGCAAGGACGAAGCAGCACUGUUGAAGGCAACUGAUUUCGGGCUGUCGGUCUUCAUCCAGGAAGGAAAACUUUAUAGAGAUAUAGUAGGAAGUGCCUACUACGUGGCUCCUGAAGUACUACGGCGUAGUUACGGGAAGGAAAUAGACGUUUGGAGUGCGGGAGUUAUUUUGUAUAUUCUUCUUAGUGGCGUACCUCCGUUUUGGGCUGAAACGGAAAAGGGAAUAUUCGAUGCUAUCUUGCAAGGAGAAAUCGACUUCGAAAGUGCCCCAUGGCCAACCAUAUCCAACAGUGCAAAAGAUCUGGUCAGGAGGAUGCUUACACAGGAUCCAAAAUGGCGAAUUACUUCGGCACAAAUUCUUGAGCACCCAUGGAUUAAAGAUGAUGGAGAAGCAUCAGACAAACCAAUAGACAGUGCAGUUCUUUCGAGGAUGAAGCAAUUCAGGGCAAUGAAUAAACUCAAAAAGCUUGCAUUGAAGGUUAUUGCAGAAAAUCUCUCUGAAGAAGAAAUCCAAGGGCUGAAAGCGAUGUUCACGAAUAUGGACACCGACAAGAGCGGCACGAUCACCUACGAAGAACUGAAGUCAGGGUUAGCUCGACUUGGGUCUAAGCUCUCUGAGGCUGAAGUCAAGCAGCUCAUGGAUGCUGCUGAUGUGGAUGGAAAUGGGACAAUUGACUACAUUGAAUUCAUCACGGCCACAAUGCAUAGACACAAACUGGAAAGAGAUGAGCAUUUAUUCAAAGCCUUUGAAUAUUUCGAUACAGAUCAUAGCGGGUUCAUCACAAGAGAUGAAUUGGAAGUUGCCAUGAAGGAACAUGGAAUGGGUGAUGAAGCCAGUAUCCGGGAAAUAAUAUCAGAGGUGGACGCAGAUAAUGAUGGACGGAUCAACUAUGAGGAAUUUUGUGCGAUGAUGAGAAGCGGAGUGCAACAGCCGGUCAAGCUUCUCUAGUUUCUUCAGUCACGGAGGUUCUGCCAUGUCACGACACAUGUUGCAUGGAAUUGUGUAUUAGAAUAUGAACACAAUGCGGAAAGCUCCAUGAUUGAUCAGGUGGGACCCACAGCAACUUUGAGCGGCCCCAUCAAAGUUCCAAGGUAAUGCGUUUUGUAGUUUCAAUGUAUUUUUUAUAUUUAUAGAAUGGGAGAUUCAAGCAUGUGAGGCUGCUUGUUUGGAUUUGCUCAAUGAGUUUGAAUGGUUGUAUUGUGCA